CUUCCCACGGCUGCCUGCCGCCAUGCAGACCUCCCCGGCCGUCUGCUCCAUCUGCCUCCUGCUCCAGAUUGCCUUCCCUGCUGGGAAAGGGUGGCAAGUGCUUAAAAAUGAUGCCACGGAGAUCAUUCCCGAGUACACCGAGAUGCCGGCGGAGGACCAGCAGCCCUACACCCAAAGCGAGAAUGACACCAUGAGCAACCGGGCACAGCAAGGAGAGAGGCACCCCCAGGUUUCUCUGGGCCAGAUCGAACCUCAGGAGUUCACCUGCCGGGAGAUGUAUUCUACCCGCUAUAUCACCAACGGUCUGUGCCGCAGCAUUAAGCCAAUCAGGGAGCUGGUCUGUUCCGGGCAGUGCCUGCCCUCCCAUCUCCUGCCUAACUCCAUUGGCAAGGGCAAAUGGUGGCGGCAGAAUGCUCUGGAUUACCGCUGCAUCCCCGCACACAGUCGCCCGCAGCGGGUCCAGCUCGCCUGCCCCGACGAGGAGACUCGGACUAUCAAGAUCAGAGCCAUCACCUCUUGCAAGUGCAAACGGUACACCCGCUACCACAACCGUUCCCAGCUUAAAGAUUUCAGCAAAGAGACUGCCCGGCCUCAGAAGAACAAAAAAACACGUCUCUCAAGGGCCAGGGGCAGUAAGGCCAACCAGCCCGAGCUCGAGAACUCCUACUAGCAUGAGGUUUUUUUUCGUGAGACCCGGCCUGGGAGUGUAGAGAGGUUUUUUUUGC